GCUUUUAAAAAUGAAAUGAGCCACUUUCUUAUAAAAGAGAGGUAGGCCUAUCCUAGGUAGGAUUGGUGGGCAUCCAAAUUUCCAAAAUGAAGAUGAUAUUUCCAUCUAGAUUGACUGAGGAAGAAGAAAUACUUCAACAGAAGUUCGCCCUACUUAAAAAGAAGCGACGAGCACUCCAUCUACUGAAACAGGCAAAGAACAAGCCACCAACUGAAUCACAAGUUGUUAAACCGAAGGGAAUUAAACGAACUGUUUCAGAAGUCAGUCAGGAGGAAGCAAAGGAAACGGCUAAAAAAGUCCUACUAAGUCAGUCUGCAUUAACUAAAGUAAAAGAAAGUGGUUUCAAGAGAUCUAAACAUUUUGAGAAGAAGACUAAAGACUCUGACAAGUGUGAUAAAUCUGGUGUGGUAGCUUUUGAACCUUUCAAUGGUGCAGCGACAGAAGAUGCACCACCAACGCCUGGAAAGGAAAGACGCUCUUCUUACAGACCAUUAUAUGAAAGUUUUGUAAGCAGCAGUGAUAGAUAUUCAAGGAAAUACAAUGAAGCUGAUUCAAGACCAUCAUAUCCUGAUUUGGAACCAAAGCGAGGAAACACAAUAUAUGUGAAAGGUUACAACAUGUUGUCAGAGGAGAUCUGUAAAGAAGCAUUUCACAAGUUUGGAAACAUUCUCAACAUGAACUUGGAAAAGGAUAAAAAUGUUGCAUUUGUGACCUUCGAGAAGAUAGAAGCAGCUGAUCAAGCAAUAAAAGAGAUGGAUAAAGCGAUCUUCCGUGAUGUCAAAUUGAAAGUAUCUUUUGCAAGACGUCAACCUGUACAGGAGAACGCGGGGGACUCAUCCUUCCCCUGGGGUGAUGUCUCUUUUAGCCGUACAAAGCCAAAACAUAAGGACCAACGACCUAUACUUAGAUACGAUGAGGAUGAAGACCUUUUUUCUUCUUAACAAUGAAUACUUGAAAGUGACAGUAUAUCAUAAACUUUAAAAACAACAUUUAUUACUGUCAGACAUCUUUGUAUAUAAAUCCUCAAUCCCCAAUUUUGUGUCACAAAUUGUGCCCAUAUAUGGAUAUGAUGAUGUCAUAUUACACCCAAAUAUGGGCAUAUCACAUUUAUUUAUCACAAAGUUUGAUAGUGCUGGUAGGCGAAUGGAAUGGACCGAAUGUGUUUCUCAAACCUGUAACUUUAUGCUGAGAAAGAAAAAAAAUGCUAUGGAAAGCUAAGUAAGUACAGAAGACAAUAAUGAUGAAUGAUAAUUCAUAUGGAAGGAGAGAAAAAAGCCAAGAGAUAUGAUGAAAAAUAGGGGAAAGUCCAGGAAUAUGAGAUGAAUGUGAAAAAAAAUGGAAAAGCCAAGGAAUAGAAAAUGAACUAUUGCAAAGAAGUCCGUGUUUGUAUACAGGAAGUGCAAAACUUUUUUUUUUUGAUUGAUCAAUGAACACAUCAAGAAGAAAUAAUGCCUUUGUUAAUUGAAAAAUGAAAUACUGGUAUGAUAAUAAAAUUGAGGGUGGGGAGUGCUUGACAGCUCACUAUUUAAACUAAGCUGCAACUGAUUGACAAGUUGAUGUCACGGUCUCUCCAACAAUACAUUAUUCAAAAUGCUAUUGAGUGUACCAUCAACAAGACUCUUGCCUGUUGGCACCAAACUCCUAUGUUAAAGUACUUUCAAAUUUAAAACAUUCAAACUCUCUAGAAAAAACUUAUCUAAGCAAUUAAUUCAGCACAUAAUAUAUUUUUUCUAUUUAGAAUGAUUAAUUAAAUUGAUGCUUUUUAUUGAAGUACUGUGGCAACCGGAAGCAAUACAUACAUUUCAUGUACUUUGCUCAGAAUGUUACCGACUAUGUUUUAUUCUAAGGAGAAUACACAAUAUGUAAAGGAUGACAGUACAAAAUUUAACAAAGAUAAUAAAAAGUUCACUUUACAAGUUGAAGUAUUUAAAAUGUACACAUUUGAUGCAAGUGAUUGAUUAGUUUUACUGUCAGUAUUUUCAUACUGCAAACACAGCAUUCACAGAAGGGUAAGCUCGGAAUGGUCAUGUAUUUAAAAAGGGAUUAUAAAUAUGAAUAUCGACAUACAAUUAGUUUAUUUUGUCACAAUUUAUGAAUAACUUUGUACAAGUUUUGCAGCAUAUAUAAUACCGGCACACCAACUGUGAUCUGUUUUGGUAUUUGGAAGCUCCAUUUUUCAAUGACAACUAGUUUUUUUUUUAAAUUUCAGUACAGCAAUAUGAAAUGCAAGCAAAAACAAUCCAAUAGUAAAUUACAAAAUUACAUAGAAAUAUCAGUACAAAAAGGUUGUCUUUUUAUGUUUAAUAUGGUAAUCAAUUAAUGAUAUGGUAAGUAAAUAAUGAGGUGAAUAUAUUCCAUAAAUCACUGAAGUGGAUUAUUUCAAAAUUUGAAUAGUAAAUAUGUUUUUCCAAGCGAAAAUAUACUAGUUGAUAAAUUAAAUUAGCAAGUAGGGUGUAUUAGUAAAAGAGAAUUUAAAUCAUGGUUUUUUUCUUUGUACUGUAUAUCAUCGGAUCAUUUUAUCUGCACUGAUUUGUUUGAAAUACUAGAAUACAGUGGUAUAAUUUGAAGUCAGUUGGUUGAAUUAUUUAUCUGAUCAGUGUUGGAUCCAGAAAGGAGAUUGGGGGAAUGCAGGCAUAUGACCAAUCAAAAAAAAAAUACAAAAUGCUAAAGAUUUUGUAACCAUUUAAAAUGGUAUACCAUUUUUAUAUAAUUAAAUUAAAUUUAUACCUACAUUACUGUAAUCUUAGAUGAUUAAUCAGAAAUAUAAUAAAAUGUUCAUAUAACUA